CGUACGCUGAUGUGGCCUAACCUACGUGCGCGCCGCGGGGCGUGGUCAGCCCCGCUGAGGCCCCCGGGUGCCCGCGGGAGGAGCAGGCGCGCCGGUGCCUAAGGGUGCGGGACACCCGGGCCAUGGCAGAGGAGCGGGCUCGGGAUGAGUUGGCUCCCAAGCCGUCCGUGCUGUUUCUGCACCCAGACCUGGGCGUGGGCGGCGCCGAGCGGCUGGUGCUGGACGCGGCGCUGGCACUGCAGGCGCGCGGAUGUAGCGUGACGAUCUGGACGGCGCACUACGACCCGGGCCACUGCUUCGCCGAGAGCCGCGAACUGCCGGUCCGCUGCGCGGGGGACUGGCUGCCGCGCAGCCUGGGCUGGGGCGGCCGCGGCGCCGCGGUCUGUGCCUACGUGCGCAUGAUCUUCCUGGCGCUCUACGUGCUGUUCCUCGGCGACGAGGUGUUCGACGUGGUCGUGUGCGACCAGGUGUCUGCCUGUAUCCCCGUGUUCAAGCUGGCCAGACGGCGUAAGAAGAUCUUGUUUUAUUGUCACUUCCCAGAUCUGCUUCUUACCAAGAGGGAUUCUUUUCUUAAACGUCUAUACAGGGCCCCGAUUGACUGGGUAGAAGAAUACACCACAGGUAUGGCUGACUGCAUCUUGGUCAACAGUCAGUUCACAGCUGCCAUAUUUAAGAAAACGUUUAAGUCCCUGUCUCACAGAGACCCCGAUGUCCUCUACCCAUCUCUGAACGUUACCAGCUUUGACUCAGCUGUCCCUGAAAAGCUUGAUGAUCUAGUCCCCGAGGGAAAGAAAUUCCUGUUCCUCUCCAUCAACAGAUACGAAAGGAAGAAAAACCUGACUUUGGCGCUGGAAGCCCUAGUGAAGCUGCGUGGAAGAUUGACAUCCCAAGAUUGGGACAGGGUUCAUCUGAUUAUGGCUGGUGGGUAUGACGAGAGAGUCCUGGAGAACGUGGAACACUAUCAGGAACUGAAGAAAAUGGCCCAGCAGUUUGACCUUGACCAGUCUGUGACCUUCCUGCGGUCUUUCUCGGACAAACAGAAAAUCUCACUCCUCCACGGCUGCACAUGUGUGAUUUACACGCCAAGCAAUGAACACUUUGGCAUCGUCCCUGUGGAGGCCAUGUACAUGCAGUGCCCAGUCGUUGCUGUUAAUUCAGGUGGGCCCUUGGAGUCCAUUGUCCACAGUGUCACAGGGUUUCUGUGUGAGCCUGACCCCGUGCAAUUCUCAGAAGCAAUAGAAAAGUUCAUCCAUGAACCUUCCUUAAAGGUCACAAUGGGACUGGCUGGCAGAGCCAGGGUGAAGGAAAAGUUUUCCUCUGAAGCAUUUACAGAACAGCUCUACCAAUAUGUCACCAAACUGCUGGUAUAAUCAGAUAUAUUAAAGGUCUUUUUGCUACAUUCAUUAAUAUAUUAUAUAGAAUGUAGGUCCAGUUUGGGAACCGUAAAAGAAACCUAGAAUCUAGUGCCGAAGAGUUGUUUUUUUUAACACAUUUGAUUUUUGAAUCUGAGCCAUCUUCCUAUAUACCAACACCUUCCCGACUGUUUCAUAAACCAAUAUCUUUUAUGCUAUAAUAAUUCUGUCUUAUCAGUGUUAAUUAAAAUGUGAUACGAUUCCAUGUGUUAAUUAUAUUUUCUCUAGAUUAUUGCUGCUCUGAGUAUAAAUUUUGAGUCAUAUUGUGCCUUAAUUGUUUUUGACAGUUUGUGUGUCAUCGUCAAAGUUGAAGAAUUUGGCUUCAUAACAUAUUGAGAACAGGGUCACUGUACUUCCCAGAAUCAGUGCACCUGUUCCCUGUCCUCUUGGGAAAUGUUGGUUAGCCAUAACUUUGCCUGGUCCCAUAGCAAGGAUGCUCUGUAUGUUUUGUACAAAACAUAUUCUUGCACACUGAGACAAGUCAAUAAAAGAUGUUUAUCAUAGGAAAAGAUGGUACAAUAUUAAAUUUUGGCUUCCGUGAUCCAUACGUAGAUAGGACAGCCAAGCCUGAAGUCAGAAACUAAGAGUAAACUGGAUGUUGAAAUGAAGACGGAUUGUUGUCACGCAUGUAGUGCUUGGGGUUUAUUUCUUAAUGCCAACUGGUUCAUCAGCUCUGUUAAUAUUUGUGUCGUAUUAAGUAAGUACUCCUAAGUGUGAGACACAAAUGCUUUUUACUCUUCAAAGCUUGCCUCAUGCCACUGCUAUGGAGCUUACCUUGACCCUCCACCCACCUCCCAGAGUGGAAGUGAUCUCGCCCAAGAGCACACAACUGAAAAGCGAGUGAGCCAGGAUUCAGCCCAUGGUUACCUGGUCCAUCCAGGACUGCACGUACCAGAAUCUCUCACUGCACCCCUUUAAUACCGUAAAUGUCCUUUAAUACUUUAUGAAAUUAAAAAUUAAUACAGUAUUCUGAGUCAUAUCAAAGUGAGGGGACAAGGUGCUCAUCUGUCUUCAAAUUAAUCCUCUGGUCCUAAAAGAUCUAAUGUCCCAUACCCACUGCUCUAUUCCAGCCUCUUGAGAAUCACUGCAUGAGACUAAUCAUUGCCUGCCCUCCCUGUAGCAGACAUUGGGUCUUUCAAAGUCCUAGUAGAGUUACCAGCAUCAUUUACUUGCAUGAAGCAGAAAUUCAAGCUUAACUCAAAAAGAUUUUGAGUAUUUGAAAGAAUCCCAGCCAGAAAAUACAGUCAUGCUCUAGCUCUCUAUCCUUAACAAGAGGACUGGGGGUUGGGUGGGGCUCACAGUAAGGGUGACCUGGCCAUGUUACCCAGAAAUAUGACCACAAGCAGAUGCUAAAAUAUCUUGCAGGAAGCGCUAUCCCAGGCUAGCCACAGAUGUCAUUUAAGACCAAUAUAGUCUAGAAAAGGUGUGUGUGUGUAUCUGUUGAGGUUUUAUAGGGGCACUAGUGUAGCACAGGUGUGACCUCUCUGGCCUGCCACUCUCCCAAAAAGUCAUCAGGCAGACUUCGAACAGUCUGCUAUGAUGAUGAACUCAGAUUGGCCUUUGGUUUUCUGUUAUUUGCCUAGAAUUCCAAUUUUUGAGAAGGUGUCCUGAUGGUGAUAAUUCUAAAGAUUUCCUUAUCUGUUAAAUGGGUAUAAUCAGGUCUAAGUAGCCCACCCCACAGGGUAUUUGUGAAGAAAGGACAAAUAGAGUGCAGGAGAGGCACUGAAUCAGUAUAUGAAUGAUGGAGACAAAGGGUGUGAAGCUGAUUUGUAAACUUAGAGUAUCAUAAACUUGUGAGAGAUGAAGGCAGCCUUCCACAGGCCUGGAUGAAUUGCCCCAGUCUGUUGCCACCCCAGCGAGGGAAAGUCACACCACCGGGAAACAGGCGGAUGGUAUAAACAACCUCAAUAAGGUGUAUUUCCCUCUCAGUGCUUACCGCAGUAUCAGGAGUUUUCACAACUGUCAAGACCGUGAGACUGAAGUAAAGAUAAACAAAUAGACCCAGCUAACAGAAGAGUCCUAAAAUAGAUCAGCGCAUAUGUAGUCAAUUGAUUAUUGCCAAAGGUACUGAGAUAAUUCAAUAGGGAAAAGAGUCUUUUCAAGAAAUAGUGCUGGAAUGAAUAAACACAGUGUGGUAUAUUCAUACAAUGGAACACUCUGCAAUAAAAAGUAAUGAACUACUGACAAGCACAGUGACAUGGAUGAGUCUCAAAAAUACUGAGUGACAGAAACCAGACACAAAAGAGUUCAUAUUGUAUGAUCCCAUUAAUAUGAAACUUUACCGAAAAAAUACCUAAUCUAUAGCAACAGAAAGCAGAUCAUUGUUUGCCUGUUCUUUGCUUAGUCAGGAAAGAACACAAAGGAAUUUUUUUUUGGAUGAUGGAAAUGUUUUAUAUCUUUAUCAUGGUGGUGGUUAUAGUGCUGUAAAAUUUGUCAGAACUCAUGAAAUGAUGCUUAAAAUGAGUGCACAUUAUUACAUGUAAAUUAUACCUCAUACAGUUGAGGUUUUUUUUAAAAAGCACAUGUGAUAUAGUCCCAUUUUUAUAGGAAAUAAAAGGUUUUUUAAA